AUGGCUGAUGUGCUAGAGGACAGCCGAGACAAAGUUCAAGAGAAUCUGCUGGCCAAUGGAGUGGAUCUUGUGACCUAUAUUACACGAUUUCAAUGGGACAUGGCAAAAUACCCUAUUAAACAGUCCCUCAAAAACAUAUCUGAAAUUAUUUCAAAGCAAGGUACUCAAAUUGACAAUGACUUGAAGGCCCGAGCCUCAGCGUACAAUAACCUGAAGGGAAACCUGCAAAACCUCGAAAGAAAGAAUGCGGGGAGUCUGCUCACCAGGAGCCUGGCCGACAUUGUGAAGAAGGAGGAUUUUGUACUUGAUUCAGAGUACUUGAUUACUCUGAUAGUGGUUGUACCAAAGACUGCAUACCCCGAGUGGCAAAAAACCUAUGAAAGUCUUUCCGAGAUGGUUGUGCCGCGAUCGUCACAUCUGUUAUUUGAAGACAACGAAAGUGGAUUGUUCAGUGUUACUCUGUUUAGAAAAGCCAUAGAUGACUUUAAGCACAAAGCCAGAGAGAAUAAAUUCACAGUCCGAGAUUUUCAAUACAAUGAAGAGGAGAUGAAGGCGGACAAAGAAGAGAUGAAUCGGCUGUCCACAGAUAAAAAGAAACAAUUUGGACCACUGGUGCGGUGGCUCAAAGUGAACUUCAGCGAGGCCUUUAUUGCCUGGAUUCACAUCAAAGCACUAAGAGUAUUUGUGGAGUCUGUUCUCAGGUAUGGGCUUCCAGUGAAUUUCCAGUCCAUGCUUCUUCAGCCAAACAAGAAGAACAUGAAGAAAUUGAGGGAAGUGCUGAACGAUCUGUACAAACAUCUGGACAGCAGUGCAGCGGCUAUCAUUGAUGCUGCAAUGGACAUCCCAGGACUGAACCUGAGCCAACAGGAAUAUUAUCCAUAUGUCUACUAUAAGAUCGACUGCAACCUACUGGACUUCAAAACCUAA